UCUUCUUCCCCUACAUCUAAAAUGAAGAAGGAAUCGCCAUUUUCAUCUUCCUCUCUCAUCCCCAUCUUCUUCCUUCUUCUCGCUCUGCCUUCGAGCGCUUCACGCAACGACGGAUGGCUGGAAGGUGCCGAGCCUGCCGUGAAGAGAGCCAACGAGAGAAAAUCACUUCUCAAAACAGAGUUCGGCGAGAUCUCCGCGGUUAAUUUCAACGAUGGCUCUCGAUUCGGACCAUACCAUCUUCAGUUCAUUACAUUGGAACCCAACUCCCUGUUUCUCCCUGUUCUUCUUCAUUCGGACAUGGUUUUCUAUGUCCACACGGGGAGUGGGAGAUUGAAUUGGUUAGAAGAUGGGAAUUUGAGGACGGUGGAUUUACGGCGGGGAGUUGUUUUUAGGCUUCAGCCAGGCUCCAUUUUUUACUUGCAGAGCAGCUUAGAGGCCGAACGUGAGAAGCUUCGAAUUUAUGCUCUGUUUUCCAGCACUGAUGAAGAUCGUUAUGACCCCACCAUCGGAGCCUACUCCAGCAUCACUGAUCUGGUUCGUGGCUUUGAUAAGAAAAUCCUCCAAGAAUCUUUCAAGGCUCCUGAGGAAGUAAUAGAGGAAAUGAUGAACACAACGAAGCCACCGCUGAUCGUGCACGCUGUAACGACGCAGAGCAAGAAGCCGACGUCGAUGUCGUGGGAGUUGGAAGCUCGAUUCUUGAAAGCCUUUAUGGGAGGUGCAGGUGCUGGUGGGAUGGCACUCAACAAGGAUAAGAGUAAGCAGCAUGUGUACAACAUUUAUGAACAGCGGCCAGAUUUCAAGAACUGCAAUGGCCGGAGUCUGACCGUUACUAAGAAAAAAUACCAUCAGUUGAAGGGCUCCAACGUGGGCCUUUUCUACGUCGAACUUGUAUCGGGCUCGAUGAUGGGUCCACAUUGGAAUCCAAGUGCCUGGGAGAUAGGGAUCGGGGUAUCAGAGGAGCCGGGAAUAGUUCGGGUGGGCUGUUCGAGCAUUGGGGGGAGUUCAAAAAGGAGUUCAAAGUGCAAAAACUGGAGGUUUAUGGUUGGUAAAGGCGAUGCUUUUGUGGCGCCCAAGUUUCAUCCAAUGGUGCAAAUGUCUUUCAAUAAUGGCUCUUUUGUUUUCAUCGGUUUUAGCACGACGACGAGAUCGAACCAUCCACAGUUUAUGGCUGGACGAAGCUCGGUGUUGCAGGAUUUGGACAGGAAAGUGUUGGCUUCGUCGUUUGAUGUGAAUGAGACCACAAUUGAUCGGUUGUUGGCCGCACAGGUUGAUUCAGUUAUCUUGGAGUGCAACUUUUGUGCAGAGGAAGAGAAGAGGUUAAUGGAGGAGGAAGCUAAGAAGGAGAGGGAGGAGGAGGAGGAAGCUAGAAAGAGAGAGGAGGAAGAGAGGAGGAAGAGAGAGGAGGAAGAAAGGAAGAGGAGGGAGGAAGAGGAAGCAGCUAGAAAGAGAGAGGAGGAGGAUAUAAGAAAGAGGGAGGAAGAGAGGAAGAGGAAGGAGGAGGAAGAGGCGGCAGCGAGAAGGGAGGAGGAGGAAGCUAAAAAGAGGGAGGAGGAGGAAGAUAUGAGAAAGAGGGAGGAGGAAGAGAGGAAGAGGAAGGAGGAAGAGGAGGCGGCAGCGAGAAGGGAGGAGGAGGAAGCUAAAAAGAGGGAGGAGGAGGAAGAUAUGAGAAAGAGGGAGGAAGAAGAGAGGAGGAGGAAGGAGGAGGAAGAGGCGGCGGCGAGAGGCGAGGAGGAAGAAGCUAGAAAGAGGGAGGAGGAGGAGGAUACAAGAAAGAGGGAGGAAGAGAGGAAGAGGAGAGAGGAGGAGGAGGCAGCCGGAAGAGAAGCUGAGAGGAAGAGGAUGGAAGAGGAGGAGGCGGCGGUCAGAAGAGAAGCUGAGAGGAAGAGGAUGGAGGAGGAGGAAGAGAGGAAGAGGAUGGAAGAGGAGGGAGCUGGGAAAGGAGGGAGGGAGGAGGAAGAGGCAGCGGCAGAGGAAGCCAGGAGAGAAGCUGAGAAGAAGAGGGAGGAGGAGAAAGCAGGAAAAAGAGAGGAAGAAGAAGAAUGGGGGGAAGGAAAAACGAUAACAGAAGGGAGGAAGACAGCAGUGGAGGAGGAAGAGGAAGUCCAUCAUCAAACACAACAGAGAAGGAAGAGACAGAAAGACAAGAAAGAGGAAGAAAGGAAGAAGAAGAAUUGGGAUUGGGAGGAAGCAGAAGAAGAGGGGAGAGUAAUAAGAAUUUUGGGACAGUGGACGUAAUUGAAGUUUUUUUCAAUGCCAAAGUUCCAAGGAAUAAAACAAACAAAUGUAAAAUAUAAAGAUGCAAAAUGACACAUUUCACAUUUGUGUGUUCUGGUUUUGAGAUUGUGUUUGAGAGUUUCCAUUUAUGUUCUAAAGUUUUGUCGUGUAAUAAAGGCCUCUCUGAUGAACUUUAAAAA